GCAAAGGGAACCUGGUGAAAAGGUUGUAUUAAGAUGUUGCAGGUGGUGAGUGAAUGGUUCUGGUGGGACCGUAUUUGGCUUCCUGUGAACCUGACAUGGUCUGACUUAGAGGAUAAAGAGGGCCGUGUCUACGCCAAAGUGUCUCAUCUAUAUGUCACUAUUCUGUACUCCAUGGCAUUCCUCAUAAUGAGAUAUCUGUUUGAAAGACGGAUAGCCACACCUAUCGCAGUCUCCUGUGGAAUUAAGGACAAAGUCCAGCAGAAAGCUUCUCACAGUCCUAUUUUAGAGAGAUAUUUCCGCGAUCACUCCCGAAACCCCGCUCAGUCAGAUAUAGACGGGCUGUCAAAGAAAUGUAGCUGCACACGCAGGCAAGUGGAACGGUGGUUUCGGAGAAGGCGCAACCAAGACAGACCUGGCUUACAAAGGAAAUUCAGAGAGGCCUGUUGGAGAUUUGUCUUCUAUCUGUCCGCUUUCAUUGGAGGAUUAAUAGCUCUCUAUGAUAAACCCUGGCUUUAUGAUACUCGUGAAGUUUGGAUUGGCUUUCCUAAACAGCAGUCAAUGCUCGACUCUCAAUAUUGGUAUUACAUCUUGGAGAUGAGUUUCUAUUGGUCAUUACUUUUCAGCGUUGCAUUUGACAUCAAAAGAAAGGACUUUAAAGAGCAAAUCAUCCACCAUUUCGCAACAUUGAUUCUUCUGGCCUUCUCAUGGUGUGCCAACUACAUCCGUAUUGGAACCCUGGUUAUGAUAAUUCAUGAUGCCUCAGAUGUUUUGCUGGAGUCUGCAAAAUUAUUUAACUAUGCCAAAUGGGAGAGGACUUGCAACAUCAUCUUUAUUUUAUUCGCUAUUGUGUUCAUGGUUACUAGGCUGAUAAUCUUUCCUUUUUGGCUUAUUCACUGUGCAUGGGUCUACCCGGUUGUCAGCUAUCCGCCAUUCUUUGGAUAUUACUUCUUCAAUGUAAUGUUGCUAGUCCUGCAGCUCCUGCAUAUAUUCUGGGCAUGCCUGAUACUUAGAAUGGUGAAGAAGUUCCUCUUUGGUAAUCUGACCCAAGAUGAGAGAAGUGACAAUGAGGAAGAGGACGCUGAGCACCACACUACAGAGGAGGACGGGGAACAUCCCAAAGUUAAAAACGGCUCAAGAGCAGGCACCAGUCACUGAUGCUGGUGACCCCAAGUUCCCCUGCCAGUGGUCAAGACUCUAGAGUGAGCCAAUACAACUUGCAGGACAAUAUAAGCAGCCUUUGACCAAAUGGAAGUAUCCAUGUUGCAAAAAGAAUAACAUGAAACCAGCACAUGCACAAAAAAUGUUUGAUUUAUUACUGUUGGACCUGGAAAGGAGCCUAGCCAGAAAUUGCUUCCCUCAUUAGAACAUCAAUACUUGGAACAAUGUGUGCGCACACACACACACACACACACAAACACGGACAUACAGUACAUGCACACUCGCUUCAGUAAGAAGUGAUUGCACACCACAAUGUUAAAGGAGUUCACUGGGUUGAACUCAAGUGUCCCGGUUUGGCUUUUUUGGGAAGCACUGAUGAUGGCAAGGCAUCACACAAAGUCAUCUUCCACAGAGCUGUAACAGAGAACAAACGCCUGGGCUGUGGUUCCUCUUCAUCAUAUGGGGCGACAUGAGGUAAGAGCAGUCAUCUGGCAGUCAGAGGGGUGCCAGUGUGAUCCUGCCCUGGGUGUGUCAAAGUGUCCCUGAGCAAGACACCUAACCACCAAAAUGCUGUACGAAUAGGUGAAUGGGAUGCAUCAAUUGUACAGCGGAUAAAGGCGCUGUAUAAAUGCCAGCCAUUUACCAUCAUCACCUCCCAUUUGCUUCUCAGUGUCAGGGAAACACACACACACACACACACACACACACACACACACACAAACACAUAAAAAGAGAAAGCUGCGCUUCAUCCAUCUGGCCUAGGUGUCUGCGGCUGUGCCUGCUCACAACAUCAUCGACUCGUGCUGGCUGGGGCAGAAUGUUUAUGAGGACAUAUUAGAGAGGGGCUCUCUAGCUGGAUUUGUUGAAAAAAAGAAGAAAAAGAAAAACCUCAAGUUGAUAAAAGAACAUGCAGCACACCUCCCCCAGGAAUAGCUCCUUUAACAUGCUCUGCUGAGGAACACUUCAGACCCGCCUGCCCUCUGUUAAACACAUUACAGUAUUACGCAAUGCAUUGCUGCCAUAUGAUUGGCUGAUGAAAUAUUUGCAUUAACAAGCUGGUGUACAGGUCUACCUAAUAAAUAGCUCACUGAGUGUACAGUAUAAUAAGCACACUGGGUAAUUACGUUUAUUCAGUCCUCUUAAUGGAUAAAAUUAACAACUGUUUCAAGUAAGCAAACUACAUUACAGCUGGAUGCAGUCCAGGUCACUGUAUUUGAGAAACCAGAGUUUGGACAUUGACACACAUCUAGUUCACUAAGAAUAACUAGGCACAUAUUAUGGUUUAGCUAGAAUAUAUGAGUGCAAUCACCUUUUUAUCAAUGCAUAUCAUUCAAAGACACUUGAACUAACUAUGCUGGUAUGAGAUUCUAAUCAUUCUUUUAAUUUUAUUGUUUCACUGUGGUACUAUGCUGGACAAAUUCUUAAUCUUGUCGGAAGGCCUUUGCAAUGUGAAUGUUAUCCUGAUCCUGUCUGUAGUAGAUCUAAUCAGCAAAUAUUCUAUGCUGAAAUUUUUUUUUAAAUAUUUGAUUCUGUUGCUUUAUUUUUCUAAGAGUGAAUGAGCU